AUGGCCAACGGUUUUUCUCUGGUGCCUGGUGGCUCCGGUGCUAACUACACGGGCAUGUUGACCCGCAGCAUCGUCUUCACUGGCGCGCUGCUCCUCUUCCUGGGCACCACGGCCAUGACCAUCGCAUCCAUCAUAAUACCGAACUGGAUUUCAUACGAGACAGUGACUUCGGAAGGCACAGCGCUUCAUUGGAAUCUGGGCCUGCACCGCCGAUGUUCGAACACCAAUCUCCCUCCGUUCUAUACCUCUGCUCCUCAUCCAUUCUCGAGAUCAGAAUGCGUCGAGUUCCCUCGAUACAGCGAAUGCCGCGGCGAAGACCGCUAUUUCUGCAGCAUGUGGCGCAGUGUCGGCUUUCUGAUGUCGUUCGCCGUCGUGAUCGAGGGUAUGACCAUUGCGGCGUUCAUAAUCCUGCUCGCUGGCGGUAAGCAAAGGAGAGAAGCUGGCUGGGGUGCCUUGACCGUACUAGUCCUAGUGGGGUCGGUGGUGCAAGCAAUCAGCAUGGCCCUCAUGACAUAUCUAUUCGACACAGACGACCAGUUCUUCCCAGGCUGGUACUUGGACAAGAGCUGGAGUAUGUGUACGGCGUCAUGGGUCAUUCAAGGACUGUGCGCUUUGGCCAUUGCCGUGGCUGCGGUUGUGCUUCCAAGCGAGGGCGGUUAUGAGCUGAUCCCUGACUCGGCAUGA